AUGCUGGCUCUACGCAGACUUCCCCGAAGCAUCGUCGGCUUUGCAGGAGUCAGGGGAAAUGCAUCUCUCCAAUCCUCUUCUUCUGCCGAACCAGUAACCCCUCUACCACCACCGCCACCUCAGGCAGCUGUACCGACACCGGAACCUUCACCGUCUCCGGCGAAGCCAGCGGCGGCGGAAGCUUCGGCCUCAGCAUCGCCAAAGGAGGAGUCGGCGAGGGGUACUGUAAACCAGACGGAUCGCAAAUGGCCGACGCGUCGCCCGCCCAUUAGCGCGAAGAACCCGCGAGAGUGGAACAGACCCAUAGCGAAAGGUGUCCUGCCCGUGUAUGAUGAGGCACUCGCGUACAUUCAACAAGACUCCGCGCAGAUCAAGCUGGAGUUGAAGGAGCUGCAGACAAAGGUAGAGGCUUUGGAGAAUGUUCCCGAGGAGGAGCGCGAUGUCGAGGCGUUGGAGGAGUUGCGAGAGAAGCUGAAAAUUCUGGAGAUACAGAGCGAGGCGAACCUACCCGAUGUUCGGUGGAAGGCAUGGAACGCUAUGGGUGACAUGAACAAACUCAUAUACAGACAUCUAUUGGAGCAGAGGUGGCGAGAAGAUGGGGUGCUGGAUCUGCUGAUGGAGCGUAUUCACCAGAUGAAUGUUGUUCCCGACCUUCUCCCGUCACUGCACCCUACACUCGACCUCCGUCUCAACUUCCCUGAUGUACCAAAGAGUGGAUGGACCCGUCAUCGUGCUAAGCGUCAAUAUAAGAAGGUGGAGCCUGGUGUCUUCCUGCUGCCGGAACAGACAUGGAGGCAACCAGUACUUUACACAACCGUGUUUCACACUGACACCCGCCUGUACACUCUGCUGAUGGUUGACUUGGAUGUUCCGGAUACGGAGAGCCAGUCGUACCAAGCCUACUUACAUUGGAUGCAACCUAACAUCGCGCUGUCUGCAUUAUCUCCCUCGCCAAUCCCGCUCACGACGAGCCACACUCGGUAUAUCCCUCCUCACCCACAGCAGGGUACGCCAUAUCACCGCUAUGUAGUCCUCCUCUUGCCACAGGAGUCACCCACGGAGCGCAUCUCCAUCCCGGCUCCCUCGGACGAGGAGAGGUUGGGCUUUAACUUCCGAGCGUUUGCGGAGAAAUACGGCUUGGACGGAAACAGAGGUGGGGGCGCGCACAUGUGGCGAGAGGUAUGGGACAACACGGUGUCACGAUUCUACAAGGACAUCUUGAAAACUGAGGAGCCGAGAUACGGUAGAAUCCCUAUGGAGGAUCCAUAUGUUGAAGUCAAGAAGUCUAAAAAGUAUCUCUAG